AAGAGGGAUCACGUGAAUGCAAUGUUUGGCAGGGCCCACAGAGCUCAGGCUGUAACUUCUGAAAGCAACCUUCUCAGGAACUUUUCACAGAAGUCAAACAGUUAACGUAAAUUCUAGAGAUGUGGUAGGAACCAGGAAAAAGAUGUGAAUUGUUUUCUUCUCAAUAAGGAGAUCAGUGGAUAGACUGUUCUUCAAGAGUCCUUGCUUCAAAUUUCUCAGAAAUCCCAGGGCUAGCCCAAGUAUGCUCUUCUAACAAUGACAGAGCCGCAAGAGCAAGCAGACACACCCAAGACUUCGUAAGGACUAGGCUGAGAAUUGGCUCAUAAUUGCUCCCACUCCUUUCUACGGUCAAAGUUAUAGUCUGCCUUUAAGGAAGGAACUCCAGAUUUACCAGACAAAAGGACAAAAUGACUAAGAGACAGAUAAGUGUUUGUCAACAGACCUGGGCAUUAUUUUGCAAGAACCUUCUGAAAAAAUGGAGGAUGAGAAGAGAGUCCUUUAUGGAAUGGUUCAACCCACUGCUCCUCCUACUUUGUUUGUAUCUAUUUCCUACUAAUCAUAAAGUUAAUGAUUUUUCUUCACUGCCUGACAUGGACCUGGGACCAGUAGACUCGUUUAAAGAUUCUUUAUUUUCUAUUGUAUACACACCUAUCACCAAUACAACCCAACAGAUAAUGGAUAAAGUAGCCUUAGCCUCCUUCAUGAAAGAUAAAAAAGUUUUGGGACUGUCCAAUGAAGAAAGUAUUAAAGAAGUAAUGACACAUUAUCCUGAGGAAAUAAUACAAGUCAUCUUUACUAAUACAUUCUCAUAUCAUUUGAAGUUCACGCUAGGCCACAGAAUCCCAACAAGGAGGGAACACAGAGACCAUGAAGCUCAUUGUUAUAAUCUGAGUGAAGGUGUUAAGUGCCAAGUUUCAAAAUACUGGAAGCAAGGUUUUGUGGCUCUUCAAGCUGCUAUCAAUGCUGCUAUUAUAGAAACCACAACAAAUCACUCAGUGAUGGAGGAAUUGAUGUCAGUUACUGGGAAGAAUAUGAAGAUACAUCCCUUCAUUAGGCAAGGAGGCAUUGUAGCUGAUUUCUUCAUUUUCUUCUGCAUCAUUUCCUUUUCCUCAUUCACUUAUUAUGCAUCUAUUAACGUUACAAGAGAGAGGAAGAAGAUGAAAGUUCUGAUGAAGAUGAUGGGUCUUCGAGAUUCAGCGUUCUGGCUCUCCUGGGGUUUGCUCUAUGCUGUUUUCAUCUUCAUUAUGGCACUUUUCUUGGCACUUAUUAUUAAAUCUGUCCAGUUUGUCAUUCUGACUGGCUUCAUGGCGAUCUUCACCCUCUUUUUCCUCUAUGGAUUGUCUUUGAUAGCUUUGGCUUUUCUAAUGAGCGUCUUGGUAAAGAAAUCUUUCCUCACUGGCCUGAUCGUGUUCCUUCUUACCAUCUUUUGGGGGAGUUUGGGAUUUACAGCAUUGUACAGGCACCUUCCUACAUCCUUGGAGUGGAUUUUAAGUUUUCUUAGCCCCUUUGCCUUCAGCCUCGGAAUGGCCCAGCUUUUGCACUUGGACUAUGAUUUGAAUUCUAAUGCAUUUCCUUAUCCAUCGGAUGACUCAAAACUGAUAAUAGCAACAAAUUUCAUGUUGGCUUUUGAUCUUUUCUUCUAUGUGGCAUUGACGAUUUAUUUUGAGAAAAUUUUGCCAAAUGAACAUGGACAUGAAUAUCCCCCCUUGUUUUUCCUGAAACCCUCCUUUUGGUCUCGGCAACAUAAAGCUGAUCAUGUGGCCCUCGAAGAUGAAAUUGAUUCCAAUCCUUCAUCUAAUGACUCUUUUGAACCAAUGCCUCCAGAAUUCCAUGGAAAAGAAGCCAUCAGAAUUAGAAAUGUUACAAAAGAAUAUAAAGGAAAGCCUGAUAAAAUAGAAGCUUUGAAAGAUCUGGUUUUUGACAUAUAUGAAGGCCAAAUCACUGCAAUACUUGGUCACAGUGGUGCUGGAAAAUCAACACUGUUAAACAUUCUUAGCGGGCUAUCUGUUCCCACCAAAGGUUCAGUCACCAUUUAUAACAAUAAACUUUCAGAAAUAACUGAUCUGGAGAAUAUCAGCCAGCUCACUGGAAUUUGUCCACAAUCCAAUGUACAGUUUGACUUCCUCACUGUGAAAGAAAAUCUCAGGCUCUUUGCUAAAAUAAAAGGAAUUCGACCACAUGAACUGGACAAAGAGAUACAAAGAAUUUUACUGGAAUUGGAGAUGAAAAAUAUUCAGGAUGUCCUGGCUCAGAACUUAAGUGGUGGACAGAAAAGGAAACUCAGCUUUGCAACUGCCAUUUUAGGAGAUCCUCAGGUGUUCCUGUUAGAUGAACCAACUGCUGGACUGGAUCCCUUUUCAAGGCACCAAGUUUGGAACCUCCUGAGGGAGCGGAAAGCAGACCGUGUGAUCCUCUUCAGUACCCAGUUCAUGGAUGAGGCUGACAUCCUGGCUGAUAGGAAAGUGUUUCUCUCCAGCGGGAAGCUGAAGUGUGCAGGUUCUUCUCUAUUUUUAAAGAAGAAAUGGGGCAUUGGAUAUCACUUAAGUUUGCAGUUGAAUGAAAUGCAUGUUCAGGAAAAUAUAACAUCGCUUAUUAAACAGCACAUCCCUGAUGCCAAAUUAUCAGCAGAAAGUGAAGGAAAACUUGUCUACACAUUGCCCUUAGAAAGAACAAAUAGAUUUCCAGCACUUUAUGAGGAUCUGGAUAGAUGUCCUGGCCUGGGAAUUGAGAAUUACGGUGUUUCCAUGACAACUUUGAAUGAAGUGUUCCUGAAACUAGAAGGAAAACCAGCUAUCGAUGAAUCAGAUUUUGCCAUGUUGGGAGAAGCACAGGCAGAAAGAACCGGAGACACGGAGAGGCUUGUUGAGACAGAACAAGUUCUCAGUUCACUUAAUGAAAUGAGAACGACAUUAGGUGGCAUGGCUCUCUGGAGACAGCAGAUCUGCACAAUUGCAAGGGUUCGCUUCUUGAAAUUAAAGCAUGAAAGAAAAGUUUUCUUAUCACUUUUCUUGAUUCUAGGAAUUGGAAUUUGCCCCCUUCUUUUGGAGAAUAUCAUCAUGAGAAUUUAUGAAAGGAGCUACACUUGGGACCUUUCUCCUCAUUUAUACUUCCUUGCUCCUGGACAACAACCACGUGAUCCUCUCACUCAACUAUUGAUCAUCAAUAAAACAGGGGCAAGCAUUGAUGACUUUAUACAUUCUGUGGAGCAUCAGAACAUAGCUUUGGAAGUAGAUGUAUUUGGAACUAAAAAUGGCCUGGAUGACCCAUCUUAUAAUGGAGCCAUCACAGUAUCUGGUAAUACAAAGAAUUACAGUUUUUCAUUAGCGUGCAAUACCAAAAGACUAAAUUGCUUCCCAGUUCUUAUGGAUAUCAUUAGUAAUGCGCUACUUGGAAUGAUUACACCAUCAGCACAUAUCCAAACUGACAGAAGUACAUUUUCAAGUGAGAGACAGAGUAAUCCAUUUGAAUUCCCAGGAUAUACCACGUUCUGGUUGAUUCUGGCAUCAUCUUGUGCUCCUUAUAUCGCCAUGGGCAGCAUUGAUGAUUAUAAGAACAAAAUUCAGUCCCAGCUACGGAUUUCGGGCCUCUUCCCUUCUGCUUACUGGUUUGGGCAGGCGCUGGUGGAUGUUCCAAUGUACUGCUUGAUCUUCCUUCUUAUGUAUUUAAUGGACUACGGCUUAAAUCUCCAAGAGACUUUCUUUAAAAUUACAAGUCCGAUUAUACAAAUCCCAUGUGCUGUUGGCUAUUCCACCUCACUUAUCUUCUUGACAUAUGUGAUUUCAUUCAUUUUUCGCAAGGGGAAACGAAAUAGUGGCAUUUGGUCUUUUGGCUUCUGUAUGAUCACCGCCUUCUCUGUGUUUAUACUGCUAUUUGACUACCAUGAACAUGUCGCACUGUACUGCCUCAUCUUUUUAGUACCACAAACCACAUUAAUUGGCUGUAUGGUCUUCUAUUUUAUUCAGCAAGCCAUGGCUUAUUACACGACUCAGGAACCAAGAAGUGUAGGACCAUUUCUGGUAUUCUUAAUUCCUUUCCUUCAUUUUAUCAUCUUCCUUUUUACUCUUCGAUGUCUGGAAUGGAAGUAUGGAAAGAAAUCAAUGAGGAGGGAUCCCUUCUUUAGAAUUUCUCCAAGAAGCAAUGAUGUGUGUCAAAAUCCAGAAGCGCUAGAAGGAGAGGAUGAAGAUGUUCAAAUGGAAAGAGUAAGAACAGCAGAUGCCUUGAAUUCUACAAACUCUGAUGAGAAACCAGUCAUUAUUGCCAGCUGUCUUCGCAAAGAGUAUUCAGGAAAGAGAAAAUACUGCUCUUCCAAGAGGAAGAAGAAAAUAGCCACAAGAAAUGUCUCUUUCUGUGUUAGAAAAGGUGAGGUUUUAGGAUUAUUAGGACACAACGGAGCUGGUAAAAGUACAUCCAUUCAGGUGAUAACUGGAGACACAAAACCAACUGCUGGACAGGUGCUACUAAAAGGGAGCAGCGGGGACGGCUCCCUGGGCUUCCUGGGUUACUGUCCCCAGGAGAAUGUGCUGUGGCCCAACCUGACUGUGAAGGAACACCUGGAGGUGUUUGCUGCUGUAAAAGGGCUGAAGAAGGCAGACGCGGCAGUCACCAUCUCCAGGUUGGCAGAUGCGCUCAAGCUGCAGGACCAGCUGAAGCUGCCCGUGAAGACCUUAUCCGAGGGAAUAAAGAGGAAGCUGUGCUUUGCACUGAGCAUCCUGGGAAACCCAUCCGUGGUGCUUCUGGACGAGCCGUCCACGGGCAUGGACCCCGAGGGGCAGCAGCAAAUGUGGCAGGCGAUCCGGGCCACCUUUAAAAACACAGAGAGGGGCGCCCUCUUGACCACCCACUACAUGGCAGAGGCCGAGGCCGUGUGUGACCGUGUGGCCAUCAUGGUGUCUGGAAAGCUGAGAUGUAUCGGUUCCAUCCAACACCUGAAGAGUAAAUUUGGCAAGAAUUACUACCUGGAGAUGAAGGUGAAGACCCCUGAGCAAAGGGAAAGUCUCCAUCAGGAAAUUCUGAGGGCUUUCCCCCAGGCGGCUCAGCAGAAAAGGUACUCUCCUGUGAUGGUCUAUAAACUGCCAAUGGAAGACGUACGACCUUUAGCGCAAGCUUUCUUCACAUUAGAGAGGGUUAAACAGAGCUUCGAUUUGGAGGAGUACAGCCUCUCCCAGUCCACCCUGGAGCAGGUUUUCCUGGAGCUCUCCAAGGAGCAGGAGCUGGAUGACUUCGAUGAAGAACCUGACCUUUCAGUGAAGUGGAAGCUCCUCCCACAGGAAGACCCUUGAAGCCCCAAGCUCCUCCCACAGAGAGACCCUGGAAGCCCCAAAUACUUUAUGUUUCCGUUCAAACCUGUGGUUAUUUUUUAAGACAUUUAUUUUUAUAGCAUCAAUGUCAUAUUUUUAGAAAGUAUAUUAUAAACCCAACAUGAUUCUUCCUGCGGUGGAGAGGAAGAGCAAGGGCAGGGCCAUUGCAGCCACCACAUGAACAGAGGCAUGUGGCUGAGCCCACCUCCCAGUCAUCGCCUCUGUGUCUUUGCGGGUCACCUUGAUUCUACUUUUUUGUACAAUAUCGAAUAAAUUCACUUUUAUGAAAUUGUUUCAUUUUCUGAGUAUGGUAAGUACAUCUUGUUUAAUUUUUUAGCAGAACCUUGAAAUUCUUUUCUCUAAUCUAGACUGAGAAGUCCAUGCAUUUAUUCUUCUACCAGUUUUAUACUUUGUGAGCUGAUAUUUUAGUAAGAAUUUUAAGUGACCAUGUCAAAAGCAUCAUACUUUUUGAAAUAGAUUUUCAUAUAUACUCUUAUGGCUAAAAAUAUUAAACCAUUUUUGGUCAUAAUAUCCGAUGUCUAUAUAUUUGAAAACAUAUCCACUGGUAACACUGUCAAUAGCAUUGAGAUAGUUGCCAUUCAGAAUUUAUUGUAGUUCUUAAAUUUUCAUAAAUCAGUGAAGUCCCACAUUCAUUGAAUUUUAAAAACAAGGCUUUAGAGUUGCCUGUUUUUGUAAUUGAUAUUUCGUGGCUAUUUGCCACUUGAUCUAAGAAUGUUGAUAGAUGUAGUAACAAGUCAAUUGACCGAGUUGGUGGGGAAUAUGAAUCUCAUAUGUGCAGUUUUGAAAUACAUUUUCUAUUUCAUGUA